AUGAAAUGUUUCAUACGGGGCUGUAAACCUGUAGCCAAUGAACAAUGUAGAGACGGUGAGAGCGGAUCAUACAACACAGCAAAGAUGUCCCGGUUGUCCAUAUCAUUUCCAGUUCAAUUUUGCCGUUUGCUCAGGGCGUCAAUAGGGCCACUCACUGGUUCGCAAGCGACGAAACCAUUAUACGAGAGACAGCAUCCAUCGUUGAAAUCUCCGCCAUACAACCUCUCAAACAAAAGUCUACCGCGCAGCUAG